UUUUAUUGUUACGCAAUUUUUAUAAACACACGCGGAUCCUAGUCAAACCCAGUUCAAAUCGCCUCUUCCAAAAUCGCCAAGCAACGCUGAUAUUUCCAGCCACACACGCCAAAAUCAAACAAGCUCGUGCAAACAGUCCGAUAAAAUCCGAUCCACGCGUUCCGGGGAAGUUUAUCCGUGGCUAACACAACCGUUUUUCACGGACAAUCACACGUCAAAACCUUGUGGUCACCCCGUCGCCAUGGCGACGCUGUGUAAACAAACGCCGGAGAAAUAAACAGUGGGGGAGAUUUCCCGGCAUGCCGUGCGCGCAGUGCCAGGUUCUGAUCCGAAGACGUCAAGACAUGGAGUGAGAAUCUCCUCCGAUUUUCUUCAUUUUUCGACCAGAAGGAACCUUAAGAUGGCGACCAUGAAGCACCUAGAGGUCCAGCCGACGGCUAAGAACGUCACAGUGUACAGGAACGGCGACUUGUACUUCCCAGGCCGCAAGUUUGUCGUCAACGAAAAGCAAGUCCGGAACUUCGACUCUUUCCUCAAUCAGGUCACAAACGGUCUGGGAGCACGAUUUGGCGCGGUGCGGAAUAUCUGGACGCCCACGCAUGGACACCGCGUACGGGAACUGGAGGCCAUCGAUAAUGGCAAAACAUACGUGGCCGGAGGGUUCGAGAGGUUCCGCAAAAUGGACUACGACCACAUUGCGUCCAAACUGCAGGAACAGCGGUCACCGCGUACGAAGAAGACGUUUUCACAGAUCAAGCCAGUCCAGCACAGCCGGUUGCAGAGAUCGGCGCAGUAUCUCAAAGCAUCGCAGGCCACUGGCCCGGUCACUAUACACAUAUACAGGAAUGGUGAGCCUGCGCGGCGCCCGAUGAAGCUCCUCCUCACCAAGUACAUGAUGCGAACCCUGGAGAACGUGCUGGAAUACGUGGCACAGAAGGUGGAGCUGUCAACCGGCGCAGUCAGAAGUCCGUACGCGGCCCCAGCCUACCAGAUUCCCUCGAUAGGAAAGAUAGUUAGUGCUCCGUCUAAAUGCAGACGUCAGUCAGUCAGGUUGUUUACUAUGGACUUUGGGAUGGUUGAGGACCUGACCCAGAUACAGAACGGACAGUACUACGUGGCCGUCGGUAUGCAGCGCUUGCAGAAACUCCCGUACGGGGACACCUCACUGAACAGUAGCUUGGGCACCACCGCGGCCGUGAGAAGGAGGAAGCUGAGACCUCUGCAGCCAGGAAAAGUCAGUGAAAAUUCUAGCUACGUCAACAGACUUUUAAGAUAUGGACCUCCCUCGUAUGCCAAGCCCAAGGAGACUAAGAAAGAGGAGAAUUCAGUGUUUCAUCACAAGCCGGCCAAGGUGAAACGAUCCCCCAAGAGUAACACCACCAGCAUCCUCAACAGUGAACACAGUGGAUCCGGAGGUCCGUUCCACGCGAGCGGUCAGCGCGAAGAGACAAAAGACGCGGGCAUCGUCGGGGAAAACGAGGACACGAAAGUGGAACUACCCAUUGACCAGGUCGAGGCUGAUGAGGUGGAGGAGGAGGAAAUCAACACAGGUCAGGAUGUAGAGGUCAAGCUGUCGGAGAGCGGCAGACAAACGUACAGCAAGGACGAGGGUCAGCGGUCAUCUCCUCAUGACAAGCCAGAGGAAAUUGUGGAGGAGUCACCAAGUGGGGAGAGAAAUGACAGUCGACGUUCCAAACCCAGCUCCCCACCCCACAGUAAACCUAACACCCCACCCAGGGGAAAAUCCUCUUCCGCACCCCCCGACAACUAUAACUCCCCACCCUCUAACAAUCGUACCUCUCCCUCCCCGCAACUAAUGAGUUGUCCAAGCCACGUUAUGUUACGUUACCCAUGAUGCAAUACACACAUACGCGAAGUUGUAUGUGAAUAAGUAAGGAUAUUUCUGAGAAGACUAUUUCGCUGAAUGAUACAGAAUUUGGAUGUCAAGGUCAAAAGAAGGAGCUUUUCAAGGUUAAUGAUCAUUGUAUAUAAAGAGUGAACACUUAAGAAAUAACAGAAAUUGUUAUUUUUGUGUGAAAGUGGUAGAAAUUACAAUGAAAAUCCACCUUUUGUACAAAAGUACACCAGUUUGCUGAUGUUUCUUUGUUGAAACAGAAACAUUACGAAAAUGUAGACUAGCGGUAGACAUCAGUGAAAAAAAUUGUUUUUUUUUUCUAGAUGUUUGUAACACUGACAUGCCAGAGUAAGUGAAUAUGACGACAUCUUGCCUUUGUUGUUAUGCACAGCCCACUCUCUGCAUUACUAAGAAUUUAUCUUUGACUGUAAAUGUACAUAAUUUAUGGUGUUGUGAAAAUAUUGCAAAGUUACUCGGAAAGAAGAAGUCUUGCCAGAAAAGUAUGUAUUAAUAGGAAUAGCCAUAUUUUUGCCUAAUGCCAGUACUGUUGUUGCGAUAGCAAAAUGGAAAAACUGACUCUGUUAGGACCGAUUGGUCUACAAAGCACACUGUAGCAGUAACACUAAUAGGUUCUCAAUGACUGUACAGUAGCUCCCUCUAUCUGUGAACUGCAGAAUUACAGGAUCCACUUACAGUGAUAGUUUUGGGUUGCUUGGCAGAACCAAGGAGCUUUUAUCAGUUGGCAGAACCCAAUAAAAAUAUUAUCAAUACACCCAAAUUUGAGAUUUGAAGACUUGUUUGCCUACUACAAGCACAACCUCAUUGAAAUUGAGAUGACAUUUUCCAUUUUUGUGCCAAUGAAAAUAGUAAAAAUUAACGAUUGACCACCAUUGGAGCUAAUCUUCCGAAAA